AUGGACCUUGCAGAGACGGACCCAGUAAAGCGAGAACUGCAACAACAGGCUAUUCGCCUGGGGCAACAAGAGGAACAAUUUGGCUUACUUGGUGCGUGCGUCAACGCCAUGACGGAACGCCAAGAUGCUCGCCUCGACACAUUGGAGCAACAGCUAAGUAGCGUACUCACCGCUCUGCACGCCAUGUCUCCUCCCACGGCCGUUCCAGCAACCCCGCAGUUACCGCCACGUCCUGAAGAUACUCCUUUCCCUAGAGACACUCCUCCUGCCGCCUGUCCACCACUCUCGAAGCCUGAGCGUUUCUCCGGCGAGUCAGAAAGAGCGCGCGUGGCGUUUAUCUUGACCCACAUGAGUGGCCGGGCGUCUGCUUGGGCCACCGCAGAGUGGGUGCGUCAGUCACCCGUGUGCGCCUCAUACGCCGCCUUCUCCAAGGCUUUAAAGAGCAUUUUCCAACGCGGGAGGCCAGGGCGUGAGGCGGCGCAAUCGUUGUUGCGUCUGCAACAAGGGCAGCGCAGCGUCACGGACUUCGCCAUUGAAUUUCGUAGACUGGCGGCGGAAAGUGAAUGGCCCACUUCCGCAUUGGUGGACGUUUUCUCCCUAGGCCUUGCAGAUAAGGUCCGGAGACUUAUGAUUCCGCUCAAAACUCCUGAUAGCCUCGACGAGCUGGUCGCUACGGCAGUGGAGGUGGAGACUCGCCUCUUUGACUGGGAGACAGAUAGACUCCGACAGCAAGGAUGGCGCUCAUCUGCAUAUAAUGGGAGUGGCCAUGGAAGGCAUCAAAUUACUGCCGCACCGAUACCCAUUAUCGAUGCAGUAUCGAUAUCACGAGAGGACGAACCAAUGCAAUUAGGAGGAUCUCGCCUGACUCAAGCGGAGAGGGAUCGUCGCUUUCGCCUCCAUCUUUGUCUGUAUUGUGGAGAGGCCGAUCAUCGCCUGAACCGCUGCCCUCAUCGUCCAGCUCGCCAUCGUUCUCAAGCAUCACCUCCUCGCACCCGAGCUCCACCCACUCGCCACACCCAAGCAACACAUGCGCCAGCGACCGCUCCUGCUCCUCUACCGCCCUCUACAGAGAAGGGUCAACUCCGAGCAGGUCCCGCUAAGAUCAAGUCUGUGGUCGAUUGGCCCACACCCACCACUAGAAAGCACCUCCAAAGAUUUUUAGGUUUUGCAAAUUUUUACCGCCGUUUUAUCCGCAAUUUUAGUCAGGUAGCUGAACCUCUUACUAAGCUUACAUCUACCAAGAUCCCCUUUUUGUGGACCUCUGAGACACAGAGGUCCUUUGAGAAACUUAAGUUGUUAUUUACUUCAGCACCUGUUCUUAUCCACCCUAACGUGUCCACUCAAUUUUUUGUCGAGGUUGAUGCUUCCGACUCCGGCGUGGGAGCUGUUCUUUCCCAGCGCUCUACCUCCGACCAGAGGCUGCACCCCUGUGCCUUCUUCUCACGUCGCCUGACUCCUGCUGAACGCAACUACGACAUAGAACUCCGUCCGGAGGUCUUGAACUGGGCCCACAACUCCAAGAUCGCCUGCCACCCAGGCAUUACUCGUACGACUUACCUCCUAGCCCAACGCUUCUGGUGGACUACUCUCAGAACUGACGUGACGGAGUACGUAGCUGCCUGUUCCACCUGUGCCCGCAAUAAGGCUUCUCAUCGGGCACCAGCUGGCCUUCUACGGCCACUUCCCAUACCCUCCCGCCCGUGGUCCCACGUGGCGUUGGACUUCAUCACAGGACUUCCCCCAUCUAAUGGCAACACCGUAAUAUUGACAGUGGUGGACCGCUUUUCCAAGAUGGCACAUUUCAUUCCCCUUCCCAAGUUGCCCUCGGCACUCGAGACUGCAGAAUUACUUACACGCCACGUUUUCCGGCUGCAUGGUAUCCCGGUGGAUGUAGUCUCGGACAGGGGACCACAAUUUUCUUCGGCAGUUUGGAAGGCUUUCUGCAAUUCGUUGGGAGCAUCACCGAGCCUCUCUUCUGGAUACCACCCACAGACUAACGGUCAGACGGAGCGCACCAAUCAGGAUCUGGAGGCUGCCAUCCGCUGCGUUUGCCACCAGCAGCCGGCCUCCUGGGCGCUCAGUCUAUCUUGGAUUGAGUACGCCCACAAUACUCUCAUCAGCUCGGCUACAGGUAUGUCUCCUUUCCACUCUGCCUACGGGUACCAACCUCCUGUCUUUCCUUCCCUGGAAUCUGAGGUCGCCGUUCCAUCGGUUGCUGUCCACCUACGCCGUGCACGUCUAGCCUGGCAGAACACACGGUCCGCACUGGCACUCACCUCGGAGCGCAACCAACCGCCACCGCAGCACAGCUCCGGAUUACAAGCCUGGUCAGAAGGUAUGGCUGUCAUCUCGUGACUUACCUCUCCAAGUUUCCUCCAAGAAACUGCAGCCACGUUUUAUUGGACCUUACACCAUCGAGCGAGUUAUCAACCCUUCAGCGGUUCGCCUACAUCUUCCGGACUCUCUCAAGAUCCAUCCGUCCUUCCACGUCUCCCUACUCAAGCCUGUGUCCUCCAGUCCCUUGAGUCCUCCAGAGGUGCCUCCUCCUCCUCCCAGGCUGAUCGAUGGACACCAGGCGUUCACGGUCAAGGCCAUUCUUGACGUGAGAAGAAGGGGCAGGGGUUUCCAGUAUCUGGUCGACUGGGAAGGUUACAGCCCCGAGGACUGAUCUUGGGUCCCGCGAUCGCUUAUCCUUGACCCUUCUCUCCUUAC